CACACAAACAAGUUGCAGAUCUCAGGUAUCCCAGUCAACCCUGCGCGUAGGGUCUAGUUUCUUGUUGUUGUUGAUUUAGUGCGUAAGUGCGCAUGUAUCUAUCGUCUGCUUUCUUGUGACGCCUUAUGCUUUUCGGCGCUCUUUUAUUGGUUGGCGGUCGUAACUGCGAAAUGGCCACUCGACAACGAAAAUCACAGGGUGCACGAGUGACUGAAAACGAAUGUGAAAUGAGCCCUCUUAAACAAAAUCGAACAAAUGUUGCAAACUUUAUUCAUAUCUUUCACAGCUUGAACCACUUUUUUUGUUUAAGACUGGCGGCAAGAAUUCUUGAUCUUUCAAUAAAGCAAUAAGACCAACGUGAAGCUAGGACGCCAAAACAGUUGGACCUCUUAUAAUAAACGGGUGACGUCACGGUGACGUCAAAGUGUCAUAAACAACGCUAGGCCGUAUAAUUUCCAAGAACUAUAUCCGUUGUGAUUGGUACGAAUAGACGCCAGAGCACAGAACGAGGUUUUUACAGCGGUUACAACAAACAGCUCCGUAAAACGCCCUCUGCCUCCAAUCAUUCAAAAAAUCCUUUAAGCGUUUUCAGUAGCCAGCACUGAAAUGGUUUUUUAAUCACAACAUCGCUGACCAAGCAAAAAGCACUUAGUUCAUUACGUUAGUUUCAUUGAUAGAAGCGAGAAAGCGGUUAAGCUGUUGGAAAUUGUUGACGAGAGUUCGUAGAACAUUGGAAACCGCAGUAUUAAAAAAAAAUAGUUAAAGAAUGUCGAUCACCUACUCCUUUGUUAUUGUUUAUCAUUUGAAAUGCAGCGGUUUAUUUGCAAGUAAACUAAAUGACUAAUAAGUAAACAAAAUAACAAUCUACGAAUGUAGUCUCAUAUGUAUAUGUAUAUUUUAUAUGACGAUAUUUGAUUGAAAAUAUCUUGGCUAACUUGAAUUAGCCGAUGGAAAUCGAUUCCUGUGACUCGCCAUUGAGCAGGAGCAUAAAAUGGCGGCUUGAUUCGCCAUCUUUAAGUCCCUCCAUUCGUUUUAUGAUGAAAGAUGAUUUACGACAAGUCACUGUGUCGUAUAUCAUGGGUAUCAAGUAAACAACAAAUAAGCGUAAAUCAAAACACACCCAGGUUUCAAAAGCUGUAUAACUCUUGCUCAUGUUCUUGUGAAUAUUCACAUGGCUUUCAAAUGCAAGUUUUUAGCCAUUUAUACAGUACCCAUAAAGCACUGCGAGCUACGAUACAUUGAUUUUCGAGUGCAACGUUAUUUUCAAAAUAGGUGUAAACACCAAUUCAAUCAAAAGUCGGGCGAUAAUAAUGUGCUUUUUUAUUUUGCUUCUUGAUUUAAAUAAUCAAGAAAAGGGAGCAGUUUAAAAAUAAAUUGAAACAGUAAUUGUAUCGAUACAAAAUUUGGUAUAUAUUUAUUAUUCGUUAUUUAUAACUUUUUCUAUGCAGUCAUAAGCCGACCGAUGAUUUUAUUUGUUGUCUUUGUAGCUCCUUAAGAUGGGAUAAAUGAGAGCACAUUUACGGUUUUAUUUUUUUAGUAAAAAAUGUCUGAAACGAAUGUUAUACGAUUUUUGUUUCUAUUCAUCAUUCGUUAUAACCUUAUGUUGCAUUAUACACCGACGCAGUCACAAGCCCGCCGAUAACCUUGUUUAUGUAGAAUCCCUUUUGUCGGCAAAAUACUUUAUACAAUGCCGGUCAACUGACUAAAGCCGCCAUUAGAAUAGUUUUUAACAGCUAAUGCAGGAGAUCGAUGAGACGACUUUGUAACGAAAACAGAAACAUAUUAUCCAUUAGUGUACAAAGCGGAUCUUACGGCAAAAAUGAGCACUAGAAGCAUUGUCAAAAUGCAUAAAAUGCAAACAAACCAGGGAAGUUCUAUAAGGUGAGACCGCUCUUGCAUAGUACGGGUAUCGAGGGUUGCAUGCAAAGUUGCACACUACGAAAAGUUGGAGCCGAGAUAGCAGAUGAUUUAACCUAACGAAAUAAGAUAAUCCUUUAUUGAAAUUCUACCUUUAAUUGAUUGAUUAAAUUUACCAAAGAGAUGAGAAUCAGUGGUGUCGUCAUUAAAGAAUGGCUAAGACUGCAAUGUUCGAUAUCAGAUGUAGACAAAUGUAACCAGUGUCAUCAGUAACAAGAAGCCUACGGAUGAGCCCGUUCGUUAGAAACAAGGUUUUUAUUUCGGAUUGUUUUAAACUCCAUCACAGAUGUGAGUAGACGCAUAAUACUAGACCGACCUGGCGCAUCCACCAAUGAAUGACGCCGCUGACAUCUGUCAAAUACUAUUGACGUCGCUAAUGAUGCUUUUGACCAUAUUUGGCAAUGCCGUGAUUUGCCUUGUCAUCUACCGAGUACGCAGACUUCAUUGUCCAACCGGCUUCCUAUUGGCUAAUCUCGCCGUGACUGACAUUUUAAUAGCACUUCUACUGCUUCCCUUCAGAAUUCCUGGAAUCAUCUACCAUCGCUGGGUGUUCGGCCGACCUGGUUGUGUUGUGAUUGGAUUCCUUCAAAACACACUUUGUACGGCAUCUGUGCUUACUCUGCUGUCGAUAACCGUGGACAGAUAUUUGGCGAUAUUAUGGUCUCUGCAAUACAACGGGUCCGUUACAGGAACAAAAACUGCAAUCUGCAUAGCGUUACUGUGGGUCUAUUCUACAAUAUCCUCGUGUUUUCCAUUCUUCGGCUGGGGAAAAUACUCGUUUUUACCCGGACUAUGGCUCUGUGAGACAGAUCACAUUGUUCUACCGAGCUUUACAUACUUCAGACUCGCAACAGUGUACUUUUUACCGCUAUUCGCCAUACUCUUUCUGUACUCGAGAAUCAUAAAAGUCGCCUGGAGACAUUCCCGCCAGAUUCGACUCGAAGUUCAGGCUGUCAAUCUUCGGGAAGCAAGCGUAGUGACUCCGGUAGAUCAUGACACUGCGGUCGGAAAGGUUUCGGCUGCGGCUGUAUCCGGUCCGGUCUGCCUUCGGAAGCCUCACUCGGCGAUGAAGUCGGAAAUUAAGACGGCUUUGACACUCGCUGUAGUGGUCGGUGUGUUGUUUUUGUUCUGGACGCCAUUGGUGUUUCUCAAUUUGCUGUCCUUCUUUCGGGGAGCUCAGGUAUCAGUCGUGGCGACGGAAGUGACGUCAUAUUUGUAUUAUGCAAAUGGUCUCGUAAACCCUUACGUGUAUGGGUACUUGAACCGCUUAAUAAAACACGAAGUAAUAAAAUUCUAUGACAGGCUCAGUGAUUGGAUCGCGCGGCUGAAGAAAAAACGGACUAGGAUCCAGCCCGCGAUUAUAGUGGUCAGCGCUACUGAAUGAAGCCAUGCGCCGACAUUGAGUAGCAUGGUAUUUUGCGCAUGGUUUCGUCCGUUCAACCGCUGUUCUCCGUUAUUAAUUACAAAUGGAUGGAAAAUUUCAAAGCUUUGAAAGCUUCUGCUGUCCUUCUUUUGAAUUAAAUAGUUCAUACUUUACAAUUUGUAUAGUUGUAUUUAUGUAAUAAAUAAACGGAGAAUGGACGUUUA